AUGAGACAAUUUGCUGCGCGACUGGCAGGGUACUUUUAUAGAUGGCUCGAGAUUUCGGGAGUUGAGAAAACGUUCGAAUCACUGCGAGACAAUAUUCUAGUGGAACAAUUUUUCUUGACAUGCUCAAGCAAGCUGACGGUCUUCCUGAGAGAGCGCGACUGUCAAAGGUUGGAUGACGUAGCAGCUAAAGCUGACCUCUUCUUGGGAGCCCAGGUGCAGCAUAGCACGGGUAAGCAAAAGCGAGACGAGGCGACAAACAGGCAAGACGCUGGAAACGAAGAUAAACACGCAAGGGGUGGUCUCCGAAAGAGUAUCCGCUGCUUCCUUUGUGGGAAGAUUGGGCACAAGGCAGAAAACUGCAGAAGUAACGGCCAAGCUAUGAGGUCACUGACAUGUCGGGAUUGCGGCCGUAGUGGUCACAAGGCAGAGAACUGCAAGGGAAGGCAGAGCGAGAAACAUAAGGCGUCGUGCUUGUACACUGUGCCAACAGAUAAUUGCGAAAACGCCGACGAUUCCUACGUCACCCUGGAUAAUGGUGACAAGAUCCCGGUAGUGAAUGCGGUCACGGGGAGAGCCCCGAAAUUUCUGUCGGAGAACAUGCCGGUAGUGGAAGGACCACUGGGAGAACACAAGAUAACGGUGUUAAGGGACACCGGCUGCAACACCGUGGUUGUUCGCAAAAAACUAGUCCCUCAAGAGAACCUAACUGGAAAGUCGAGUCCAGUGUUUUUAUUAGGUCGAACAGUUCGGUACCUGCCGGAGGCGGUUAUUGUGAUACGAACGCCCUACUACACGGGAAAGCUAACGGCGAAGUGCGUCAGUAACCCCCUAUACGACUUGAUACUGGGAAACAUACCGCAAAUGCCUGAGGCUAAUGACCCUGACCCAGAAUGGGAAAAGAACAAUAAAGACAAUCUCGGCGACUGCCUAGACAAGCCGAAGGAGAGAUACGAAACGUGUUCGAACGCCAUCGGAGUCAACGUGGGCUGUCGCAGGGCAAUGGAAGCAACCAAGAGCAUCGACGAGCUUCCGGAUGAGAAACCAGCCGUAGCUGCGUCAGCGAGCGAGGGGAGAGAAGCUGGAAGACCAAUAGGAAAACUAAAACGCCCUCUGAAAGUCGCGCAGGUGUCAGUAACCGACACAACAGCCGAGGAACUCGGAAAGCAGCAGAAAGAGGACGCUACUCUUACUAAGUGUUUCAACAAUGUAGGGAAGACAACGAAGAAACACAAUCCCAGGACAAGGAUUCAGUUUUUGCUGAAGAACAACCUGCUAUACAGGAGCGUCGUAUACUCAUCCCGCAGAAGAUCAGAACAACUGGUUCUCCCAAAAAGGUUCAGGGCCGCUGCUGUAACUACGGCACAUGACAGCGUUACGUCCGGACACCAGGGGGCGAAGAACACCCUUAAUCUGGUGGCGGAAGGAUUCUUUUGGCCAUGUAUGCAAAGCGAAAUCAAAUGGUACGUUCGUUCGUGUGACGCGUGCCAACGCACCGUACCCAAAGGCAACGUGGGCAAGGCCCCCUUAGGAAGCAUGUCAAUCAUCGAGACACCUUUUCAAAGAGUCGCGAUAGAUAUCAUCGGUCCUAUAGUGCCUAUCGCAAGCUCGGGGAAUAGGUAUAUUCUUGGAAUGGUUGACAUGGCCACGAGGUAUCCUGACGCAGUAGCGUUGAAGAGCAUUGGGUCCCAGCAGGUAGCCGAGGCGUUGGUUCAGAUGUUCGCGCGGUAUGGAGUACCGGCAGAGAUCCUUAGCGAUCGCGGCACCAACUUUACCUCUGAGCUAAUGAGAGCUUUGCUUUUCGCCUACAGAUUGGUGCCCCAGGCUAGCCUCAGGUUCUCGCCAUUUGAACUGCUAUACGGGAGAAGAGUACGAAGACCACUGGCCAUCCUCAAGGAGUUGUGGUCGAACGAAGCCCUGAAAGAAGACAUGAAGACGGCAUAUGGAUACAUCUUGAAGCUAAGGGAAAAAACUAGAGGAAACAUGCAAGCUGGCGCACGUAUGCCUGCAUGA